AUGGCACUGUUCCUGCUCCCCUUCAGUUUAUGGUCAUAUCAAGGCGAGAAAUGGCGCUCACCGAUGAUCAUAUGCAUGAUCACAUUCGGCGGAGUCCUUCUGGUUGUCUUCGCUUUGUAUGAACCCUUCUUAGCCCCAGUUCCCUUCGUCCCCUUCCGCUUGCCCCUGGACAGAACCGUUUUCUUCGGCGGUCUGAUGCUCGUCUUCGUCUUCGCCAGCUCCGCCAUCUGGGGUGCAUACUUCAUGCUCAUGGUGGUAUACGACAGAACAUCCCCCAAGUCACCUACAUUUCAGCCAUGUGCCGCGUGGGCGUGCUUCUGGGCCCUCGUCGUGGGUGUCUUGAUGCUUCAAAUGGCUUGCCGUGUACUUUGCCAUCCCCCUCGUGUUGCUGGCAGAGGGCCUAAUAAUCCAUUUCCGCUUCGCCCAUUCCAAUAUCAGGUAUGUCGUCAUGACGCAGAUCUUCAAUGCCUUGCUGGCGGUACUAUGGUGAUUUGCGGUGAAAUGGCGAUGAUGGCGCCCUCAGACCAUCAGCACAUCGCCGCUAUCAUCGCCAUUCUCGACCUUUUCUCCGCCAUCGGCAGCGCAAUUGGCCAGACUGUUGCCACAGUCAUCUGGACCGGUGUCUUCACAGACAAAAAAUUGAGAAAGUACCUGCCGUCUGAUGCAUCCAUCCAAGCCAUCUACGGAUCACCCCCCUGGCCCAGAUGGCCGGGCCCCAAGGGAACUCCCUAUCUGGAUGACGUCAAUACCGCCUAUAGUGAUACCCAGCGCAUUAUGCGGAUUGUAAGCACAGCUAUCCUGGCGCUGGGCCCGUUCAGUACUGUAUUCUGGCGAGAUAUCAAGGUCAAGGACUUCAAACAGACGAGGAACCUGGUCUUUUAG